AUGACUACACAGCAUCCGACCCCCGAGACGCCCAGCGAGACACAGCAGCUCGAAAUGAUGCAGCGGUUCUACCGCAAGACGAUGGAUUACGUACACAAAAACACACUCGUGUUCCGGUUGUGGCACACGGUAUUACACCUCCACUGUCACAAUACGCGCACACCGUCGCGAAACAGCCCGGUCGUGGCACUCCUCGUGCUGGAGUUCAGCAUCCGAAAGCGCUUCAUGGUGAAGUACUACGCACGCUUCAACCGCUUGCGGCGCGCCACGCACGCGCGCCACGCGCUCCAGACAGUGCUUGCAUUUGUCGCACCGGUUAUCCUGGGUCGUACAGGUCGUAUUGUCACGAUGGACCUCGAGGAACCCCACUGGAAGGCGUAUCUCCAUUGCUUGUUAGGCCGCCACUGCGUUGAGAUGGAGCUGGUUUACGCUGAGGUACUCCAGAGCAAAGACGACCGGUUUAUAGCGGACGUUCAGUGGUCGCAUGAACUCAUGGGGCGUGCUGUCAAAAAUGCCGGCGAGAUGGACGGCUUGGACACGCUUUUAGCCGAAGGAACGACCCUAUACAAUGAAAUGAUGGCCGCCAGUCCCCCAAGUCACUUCUCGCUAGAAACAUACAUGACGAACCUUUCCUUCGCGGCCGAACGCUUUCCCGAGCACCAAGUACCUUUCCACAUGUACUUGGUUCGGGAAUGGGCGCCGGAAUGGGUCGACCUCCUGCUCGACGAUAUGGCGUUGGUUAUGCAUAUUCUUGCCUCCAAGGCCGACAUUUCCGGUAGGGAUAAGAGCGAGCCCCAGCAUAUGGCGCCGUCCAACACCCCCAGCCCCAAGACCACCGUCCUUACGAACGCUAAAUUGAAGAAACAAGCAAAAAAGCAGGCAAAGGCCGCGAAGCAGCAGACAAAGUUGAACAAGACCGACAUUCGCAGCGCCGCACGCUUCAUCAUGUGUCUCAAGGACUACGCCGAGCACGCAAUCUCCCUAGCCCGUUUGGCCCUCUACUUGCUUAACUACGCGAUCCAGGUCGUCAAGGAGCGCACCAUCGAGAGCCAGCCCGUGCUCUGGUGUAGAACUGUGAAUGAGCUCGACACGGGGCUCCGCAUGGUGGAUACUCUUACUGCCAAUGUGGAUGAUUUGCUGUCUUACACAAACACAGAGUUGCCAGACUUUUUCAUGAACGGCGAGCGCAUGCAUCUCAGUUGGAUUGUGCUCUUGCAAGGCCUCUACAAGGCGUGUCUGGUGUUGAAGACUUUAGCGUACACGAUUCGGGAAAUGGGCGUGAUUGACUGCGAGCCAACAGAGCAUUUCAGGAACUGUUUGUCGAUCAUGUUGAUCACCGCCGCUAACAUCCCGUAUGAUGAGACAUUUACGUUUAAGGAUUGUGCGUGUGACGAUCGUGUGUUUGUGAUGGUGUCUGCCAGUCUCAAGUUUUUUGCACGGGAAUACGAGUUGUUGCAUAGCUUGUAA